CUUUCUAGCGCGAGAGCUUGAAAAUUGCAAGUUCUCGUGAAAUUUCUAAAUUAACUACGAAUUAUGCGUAGGAUACCAUUGUAUAUUGUGGAGGACCCUUCUCCCGAGGACUCGGAAUAUGACACUAUGACCCUUGUCAUGUGUCCUCGCAACCUGAUAGAGUGUGAACUGUUCCUGAAGAUCAUGCGAAAGGAAACUGAUGCGGCGUUCAAGGACUUUGCCGAGAACGCUGAAAGUUGCCUGGCGAUUUCCAAAAAGUGCCUGAAGCUGAAAGACACCCAUGUGAUGAAACAGACCUUGCUAAAUUUAAACGAAAUCAUUUGCCGGGGACCCAGUGAAUCGACUUCAUUCGUGGAUGCGAUCUUGGCCAGAAGUGUGGUCUACCUGCAGAAUUGCGAGCAUGCGAUCGCCUGCAAUGACCUGCUAUAUUACGAAUCGUUGCCGGUCGCCCUUAAAACAACGGAGGGAACCAUAGUCUCUGAGAUCUACUUGUGCGUUUGCCUGUAUAUAUUGAGAAAAUAUCAAACGGCCAGGGACAAGUUGGCUUAUGUGAAGAAGCUAAUUGAUAAGGCCUCCAUAUCUGAAAACAGUGAAAUGGCCAGCACUUUGUCGGUUCUAAAGCUUUAUGAGGAGAAAAUCAACCAAUCCUCCAGGAAUGUAGAGCUUUGCAAGCACACGGCUCGCAAGGUCUUUGAGCCGAAUCUUGGUUAUAAGUUCGGCAGGAAAAUUCCCUACGCCAGCAAGGCCUGUAAAUAUGUCCCAAAGUCUGCUGAUAAUUCCGCCGCUGUUUUGGCCUCAAGUGAUAUUCCCAAAGGGGCAAUAGUUCUAGUGGAGGAUCCCCUCUUCUUUCAGUUCAGUGCACCGUUCCUGAACUGCAGUCUGUGCGAAACGCAUCAGGAAUUACUUUAUACCUGCGAUCACUGUCGUUACAAGACCUACUGCUCCAAGGAGUGCUCUGACUCCGAUGCGGAAAAGCAUAAGCUUGAAUGUCAGGGCUAUCGAAUUGGGUUAAUACCCAUGCUAGAGGCCACAAUUUUAUUUCGAUUAUUUCUUAAAUCAGCCGAAUACGUAUUUCCGGCUAUAAUGGACUUUACCAUGGAUGGCGGCGUUAUAAACAAUCCGCGCGACGCUUGGCACUUUAUUCUGGAGCAUGCCGAGGAGGAGGACGAAGAGUAUCACAUUGUGGGGGAAUUUCUCGCCACACGGCCGGACUUCAAGCGACUCAGCAAGGAGCAGUAUCGCGACGUGGUGUCCACGGCAUUUCGCCUGGCGGUCUUCAUAUAUACUGAGACAGAUCUUGUGGACAAGUACUUUUAUUUGCUGCGCCUGCAGAAGAUCGACAUGAUCAACGUGAUGGCCGCAGUACUUUUGCGCUUGGGCGCCCAUGUUCUAUUAAGCUCUCAGCACCACGAGAUGUGGUAUCCGAAACGCGGUGAAUUCUUAAAUGGAGCGCGUGUAGAGUUCGCCGCAACGUUCCCGCUACCGGUGCCAUCUGAACGUAUAAUGGCUAACGCUUUUAGUUAUUACAAAAUCAAUCCCCUUACCGAUUUCGUGGAAUGCUACAAUAACGUAAAAAAGACGCCAGAGAAUUCCGGAAACGGAAGAGACGCGCAUGCCACGCAAGGUGAAAGUCCAUUAGUCCAUUUCGAAAAUAAGCUAUACUCAAUGUGCCUGAAAAAUCGGGAUGUCGAUUGUGUUGAGGACAUCUUAGAUGCGGAUAUACUGCCCAUGCAGCUAAUUGACAAAAUUCUCGAAGACUUUAGCACACCCAAGCGCUGUCAGUUGCUAAAGAAUCUUGCAAAAUAUUUUCACCUGUUCGUCCAUCAGUACUUUAGCAAGUACACUGUAAAUAAUCGAAUCUACCAAAUGAAAUCCUCGCUUUGUGCCACCUUAAAGACCUUUAAGCAUUGUUGUAAAACUGAAAAUGUAAAAGUGAUAUUGCUACCUAGUGGCCACGUUUUGGGAGUGACAAGUGACCAAGUCAAUGCGGGCGUUGAGUUGGUGGUGUCCAGUAACUUGAUUAACCAACUUGACCAGAACCUGACAUCAGAGAGGGCACAGUUCCAGGAUUUUAAGUUUCCCUCAUCUCUUAAUGACGAAAUGAAUAUCUUUGGAAAAACAACUGAAAAGGCUUCCGAGCUGUUGCGGUACCACAAGUUACUUGUACAUCAAAUAAACAACAAGGUGUCGUUUCUAAAGGGUUCUCCAAGAGAUUUAAAGGUUCAGCAUGAUUUAAUGACUUUGUAUGGCACAUACAACAGUUUUCUCACCUUGCAUUUCCCCGAAACCCAUGAAAUGUGUUUGCUUGGAGUGCUCAAGUUUUCCAUGUUUCUUGCCACAAAUGGUUUCCUACAACAUGCCAGUGAUAUUAUCCUGCACGUGAUUGAGUUGAUAGAACUCAAUGAUAUAUAUCUGAUGGAUAUCGGCCUUUACCGACAGGUCUUCUGUGCCAUUCAGCAGGUUAUCGAACAAUAUAUUGACAUAAUCAGGAUCGAUAGUCAGGAGCUGGGCUCUGAGUACCCCGAACUUAUGCUGCUGAGCUGUGCGUGCCUUUUAAAGAGACUGCUGCGGCAUCUCGGAAAGCUGCUUGACGAUGAAGAGGCUUCCCGCUUAUACAUGGAAUUCAGUACCUAUCACAUCAAAUGGAAGACAAUACUUAACUCGUACAUACUAAUGCCACCGGGCCUAAGGAAAUAUUUGUUGGAAUCUAAAUAGCUACACCUUAUGAUGUGUACCGAAGAGGCCUGACUGCACAAGUCCUUGUUGAUAACCGAAGAACAAUUAAGUUUAUUUAUGAUACAUUCCAGCCACUACACACACAUGCCAUCGACAAUUUUUGUUUCGUUUUUAUUUAUUUACGCAAAUGUUAAAUAUUUUAUAAAGUUCGUUUAAAUGAGCAGUUACCAAUGGAACUAUUAUACAAUA